AAGACGCCGAACGGGCCGCGGACGAGAACACUGAUGAGAUGAAGUGCUGCAAGCUGCUGCCACCCAGAAGUGAGAUAGAACACCGGUCGCUUGUGCUUGAGCAGGCCAGUUCCCCGGUCAGCAUAACCUGGAUGUCAGCUGACUUCCUCCAUGCACCACCCCACAUACGCAACGCCCAGGAGAGGUCGGCUUUCUCUCCAUCGGUCGGGGCUCCACCUUCCCCGCUUCGGAGAUCGCCUGCCCCACAUUAGGAACAUUCCUCACGCCAGCAAUUGUGACGCUCAGCAUUGCCGAUUGUUGCUCUCUUCUCACAGCCUUGCUGUCUCCUCAGUCAUCCCUCGGCCACUCACACAGCGUACGCAAGGACCGACUAGGCGCGCGGUGGCAGAGAUAUAAAAGGGCUCUCGUGGAGCAUGCGGAGUGACCCUUUUUCUCAACAUCCACCCACCCCCCUACCCCUCAGACCAGCCAAUUGUGACCUUCUGUUUCAGCAAUGCGUACCUCAGUGGUCUCGUUAGCUGCUGUCCUCACAGCACCCGUACUGUUGUGGUCUGCGCCAGCUCUGGCGCAGCGCAACGAUAGCGUCGGCGCUUUGCCUCAGAUGGGCUGGAAUUCUUACAACGCGUACGGCUGUGCUCCGAAUGAGACCAAGGUCAGAGCAAACCUCAAUGCGUUAAAGUCCAACGAUCUCAUCUCACUAGGAUACUCUCUCUUCCAAGUCGACUGCGGUUGGCAGGCAAGCUUUCGAAACGCCUCGAACGGAGCCAUUUCGAUAGUGACCGAUCGCUUCCCCAACGGCUUCCAGAAGCUUGCCAACGACGUACGAGCUGCUGGAAUGUCUUGGGGAAUGUAUACCGACGAAGGCGAAUUGAGCUGUGACACCGACCCUAGUCGCGGAGCGAUCGGUUCACUAGGCCAUGAAGCCGCCGAUGCCGCCUUCUUCAAGUCACUCGGCACCGUGACGGUCAAGGUUGACAAUUGUUUCGUUGAUGGCCGCAAUAACGCACCGAAGACUCCAUCAUCGGACUUUGUCACCCGCUACAGUGUCAUGUCCAGAGCUCUGACUGCUCAGGGCAUAGGUGGUAUGGAGGUCUGCCAGUGGGGCGUUCCGUACUCGAGCUCUUCCGGCUUGCAAGGCCCUGCGCAAUGGACAGCCAACCUGUCUACCAGUUUCCGCCUAAGUGACGACAUCAGUAACGACUGGGUCUCUGUCGUUCGUAUCUCAAAUCAGGCUAUGAACAUCGUCAACAAGGGACUCAGCGGACCGCGAUCCUAUGCCGAUGCGGACCUCCUGGAGAUUGGUAACAACGUACUGACUUUCGAAGAGCAGAAAACGCACUUCACGCUUUGGGCGGCUUUGAAAAGUCCUUUGAUGAUUUCGACGGACCUGAGCACCGCAUCGCAAAACACGCUGACGAUUCUCAAGAACACUGACGUCAUUGCGCUGAACCAGGACACCAGAGGAGAGCCUGUGAAGCUUGUACAGCGCUAUUCCAAUGCCUAUGACUUAUACCAAGGGACUUUGGCCAACGGGGACCGCAUUGUCCUUCUGAUCGAACAGGGCAACCAAGUCCGCUCAUACACCAUCAACUUUACCCAAUUCGGCAUCUCCACCGCCAAUAUGUACGAGCUUUGGUCGAAACAGCGACGUACAAGUGUCUCCUCCUUCGCAGGCACUGUUCUUCCUCACGGAGUCAUUGCUUUACGACUCUCCAACAUCGUGGUGUCGGGCGCUGUGGCGCCGACUCUCACAUACUAUGAGGCCGAGGCUGCUACUCUGUCAGCAGGUGCUGUAGCACAAGCUUGUGCUGGCUGCAGCGGGGGCAAGAACGUCGGCUACGUCGGCACUCUCACCUUCAACAAUGUCGCAUCGAAGGGGACUACUCAGACCGUCUUCUUUGACUAUGUCAACGCCAACAUCUCCUACCUUGGCACGAACAGCACCUCUGCUAUUGGAGCCAAUGUCAGAGUCAACGGAGGAAGUCCGCAAGAGGUGCUGUUCCCUCUGUCGGGAUACAACUGGGGAGAAGAUGUAUGGCAGGGCUUCAAAGUCGAUCUGAGUGGCUUUAAGCCUGGAACGUCCAACACCCUUGCAAUCAGUGGGGGUCACUAUCUCAGUCGCUACGCACCAGACAUCGACCGCAUUGGCAUUGUCGCUUAGCCAAGUCUACGAAUUCCAUUUCUACUCAUUGUUCUGAUAGGGCACGUUCAACCGCGUGAAGGACUCAUUCCUGCGCGACCAGUGCGGUGUGAUGACGGUUGCCGAAACAUUUCGUUUUUUCGUGGGACCGUUGGUUGUAUCCAUCUUGUGGCGUGCUGUAAAGGAAGGCAAUGACAAUGCGCGAUACUC